AUGUCAUCCGAAAAGUCUAACCUUCAAGGAGAGCAUAUCGCACGAGUUGUCUGGGCAGCGCAUAUUCUCGCCUAUCUUACUAAGGGAAGAAGCCAGGUGCAGGUCGAGAAGAUCGAAGAUGACGUUGCCAGUGAUACGGACAGUGAAAUUGAGACUGAAGUGGCAGUUGACGACGAGACGGACACUGCGACAGCAAUAGCUGUAGCUCUAUCUGCGUCGAGAGAUUCUGUGUUGCGGAAGUUCCUGGACUGCAUUUGCCAGCUUCUAUCGCCGUCAAAGGGGUGGGAAGGGGUUACUGCAGCUUCAAUGCGCGAAAGCAGCGGCAGUGUUUCUGUGGACGUUGCGCGGAAUGAUGGAUUCGGUUCGGAUUGCGGUAGCUUUGAUCCUGCAACACUCGAGUAUUGUCGGAUGCUGGAAGAGUAUUUAACCUCUUGUGUCAGUACUGAAGAGCCAAAUAUCGCAGCAAAUUCCAUGACGGAAUUUGAGGCCGCUUGA